AUGCCAAGGUUGGAACUGCAGGUUGCAGUCUUGGCUACUCGAUUAUCAACGCUGGUAAUGGACAGACAUGACAUAAACAUAAAACGCCUUGAAGCCGCCAAGCCAGCGCCACCGUCAAUAGAUCAGCUCCCAGUCAACCAUAUAACGCCGUAUGUACGACCGUUCUCGUACACAGGUGUUGACCUGUUUGGAUCAUUACAUGUUACUAUUGGUCGUCGCCGUGAGAAGCGCUGGGCUGUCAUAUUCACAUGCUUAACAGUACGUGCUGUGCAUAUAGACAUCGUCGAUAGCUUAUCAACUGAUGCGUUCCUACUAUGUUUCCGCAGUUUUAUUAACCGUCGUGGUACGCCAGUCAGAAUGCGUAGUGACAAUGGCACCAACUUUAUUGGGGCACAAAGAGAAUUAUGUGCUGAUAAAAGGUUUCUUGAUGUUAAUGAUAUACGUGAGAAAGCCAUUCAACUUGGAAUUGAAUGGAUAUUCAAUUGUCCGCAGAAUCCCAGUGCAGGUGGUUGCUGGGAGCGCCUUAUAAGAAUGAUCAAACGUCUAUUAUUCAAUUCAAUCAGAGAAGAAGCACCGAAGGUGGAAACGUUAUGGGCAGCACUAAUUGAAGCUGAAAACAACAUUAACAGCCGACCGCUUACAGACAUUCCUUUGACGCACAGUGAGCUGGAGCCACUCACACAAAUCAUUUCUUGUUAG